UGGGUUACUGAGGCUCCGCCCUGGCGUCAUGUCCCCAGUUUGCUGAGGGGAGGAUUCAUACAGCGGCACUGUACGGACUGGACUCAGCUUUUUAAGAUGGAUUCUAUGUUAAAAGACCAUUACUUGCCCAGUUUUUAUCAUCCUCCUGCUAGCAAAGCCCUUUCUGACCUUUUUGAAUCCAAAUCUUCAUCAAGAAAACAUUCAUGUUCAACUGCGAAAGAUCCAAAUUCUCCUUCCUACAAUGUUCUAGAAGUUCCCAAUAGCAAAGCUUUGGUGUCUGCUCUAAAAACUCUUCAAGAGAAGAUUUCCCGGUUAGAACUGGAGAAGUUUAAAGCACAGAACUGUUUAACAAGUUUGUCCGUGGAGAACAAUGAACACAAGAAAGCAUUGUCUGAAAAAGAAAAGAGUGAGACUGCUCAGCGUGAGGCUGUACGGCAGAAAAAUGAUGUAAUUACUCAGCUGAAUUCAGCAGAACAGCGCUGCUUACUUCUUGAGAAGCAGCUUGAAUAUAUGAGAAAGAUGGUUCACAAUGCUGAAAUGGAAAAGAAUACAGUGCUCGAGCAGCAGGCAUUUCUUCAACAAGGAAAUAUACAGGAUAAACUGGAAAAGCUUGAAUUUUUGGAGAAGGAGUGUCUCCAACUUACAGCCACUCAACAGGCUGCAGAGAACAAGAUUCGUCAGUUAGAGGAGAAAUUGUAUGCAGAGGAACAGCAGCGUAAAUUAAUGGAGAAUAAAGCAGUCCAGCUUGAAAGUGGACUUGAAGUAAACAGAAUAUUUCUGUCUGCGGCUGCUCAGAAUACUUCCCAGCAGAAGGUAAAGAAAAAGAAGCAAUUACAGAAGAAACCUGCAAUAAGUAGAUCUGCUUCUGAUUUGAGGAUGUCUUUGAAGGCAGGUGAUCUCCCCUUUGUAGCUGGUAAGUCUACCAGUACCAGUCAUUCUCUGAGUGCAAAUGUGCAGAGUGUUAUGCACAUGAUAAAGCAUCAAAGCCAGAGCUCACAUACUACACAGACUCGCUCAAAAUCUGCAGGACACAAGCCAGUUAGCCUUGCUGGAGCAAGCAGGACUUCAGUCUGUGCAGCACCCUCUACAGGUGAUAGCCUGACUGAUCUACUACUUGCUUUACAGAGCGAGUUGGAGGACUUGAAUUUUGAUUAUGAUGAGCUAUUGAAGCAAAUAAAUGAGACAAAAGACAUUGAUAUGCGUGAAGAUUUAGAACGGGAGAUGGAGUGCCUUGUUAAACAAAUGGAAAACAAAAGUGAUCAAAUACUGAAACUGAAGAGGCAUCAACAAAAUGUACUUAGGCUUAAGAAGGCAGCUCGCUGUGUGUGUGUACAGUGACUUCCAGUGCC